GAGCGGUCGUGAAACCAUGCCUCUACGGUUGGACAUCAAGCGGAAGCUGACGGCUCGGUCAGACCGGGUGAAGAGUGUGGAUCUGCACCCCACCGAGCCGUGGAUGGUGGUCGGCCUCUACAGCGGCAGCGUGCUGGUGUGGAACCGUGAGAGUCAGACCAUAGUGAAAAGCUUCGAGCUGUGCGACCUGCCAGUCAGAGCGGCCAGGUUUGUGUCCAGGAAACACUGGAUCAUCGCUGGAGCAGACGACAUGCAGAUCCAUGUGCUCAAUUACAACACUCUGGAGAGAGUUCACAAGUUUGAGGCUCACGCCGACUACAUUCGCUGCAUCGCUGUCCACCCGACGCAGACCUACAUCCUGACAAGCAGCGAUGACAUGUUGAUCAAACUGUGGGACUGGGACCGAAAGUGGACGUGUAGUCAGGUGUUUGAGGGACACACACACUACGUCAUGCAGGUUGUCAUCAACCCAAAAGACAACAACCGGUUCGCCAGUGCCUCCCUGGACAGAACUGUGAAGGUGUGGCAGCUCGGCUCCAGAACCCCUAACUUCACUCUGGAAGGCCACGAGAAGGGAGUCAACUGUGUGGAAUAUUACAGUGGAGGAGAUAAGCCCUACCUCAUAUCAGGGGCUGACGACCACCUGGUCAAGAUCUGGGACUAUCAGAAUAAAACAUGUGUUCAGACUCUGGAGGGUCACACCCAGAAUGUGACCUGUGUCAGCCUCCACCCUGAGCUGCCAAUCAUCCUCACAGGCUCUGAGGACGGCACGAUUCGGUUGUGGCACUCCAACACCUUCCGACAGGAAAACACACUGAACUACGGGAUGGAGCGGGUGUGGUGCAUGUGUGUCCGACCUGGCUCCAACAGUGUGGCUUUGGGCUAUGACGAAGGCAGCAUCAUCAUCAAGCUGGGGCGGGAGGAGCCGGCCAUGUCCAUGGACUCCGGCGGGAAGGUCACGUGGGCUCGACACUUUGAGGUGCAGCAGGCCAACCUGAAGGUGGUGGGAGGGGCCGAGACCCGGGACGGGGAGCGGCUGCAGCUGGCUGUGAAAGACAUGGGAAGCUGUGACAUUUACCCCCAGACGAUCCAGCACAGCCCCAACGGGAGAUUUGUAGCCGUGUGCGGAGACGGGGAGUUCAUCAUCUACACCGCCGUGGCCCUGAGGAACAAGAGCUUCGGCACGGCUCAGGAGUUUGUCUGGUCCCACGACUCCUCACAAUAUGCUAUAAGAGAAGGCACCAGUACGAUAAAAAUAUUCAAGAACUUCAAAGAAAAGAUGGUCUUUAAACCUGCCUUUGGGUCAGAAGGUAUCUUUGGUGGCUUCCUGCUGGGAGUGAGGUCAAACAGUGGCUUGACCUUCUACGACUGGGAGAGUUCGGAACUGAUUCGUCGUAUUGAGAUCCAGCCCAAGCAUAUUUUCUGGUCUGGCUCAGGGGACUUGGUGUGUAUCGCCACAGACGAGUCUUUCUUUGUGCUGCGCUACCUGCCAGACAUGGUGUCAGCAGCUCAGGAAAACAAGGAAAAGAUGACAGAGGGGGGGAUUGAGGACGCCUUCGAGGUAAUGGGUGAGGUCCAUGAGGUGGUGAGGACAGGGGUUUGGGUCGGAGACUGCUUCAUCUACACCAGCUCCGUUGACAGACUCAACUACUAUGUUGGAGGAGAAAUCAUUACUAUUGCUCACAUGGACAGGACUAUGUAUCUACUGGGUUACAUCCCUAAGGACGACCGCCUCUACCUUGGAGACAAGGAGCUGAACGUUGUCAGCUACUCCCUGCUGCUGUCUGUGCUGGAAUACCAGACAGCCAUCAUGAGGAGGGACUUCACAACAGCUGACAAGGUUCUGCCCACAAUCCCAAGGGAGCAGAGGACCAGGGUAGCCGACUUCCUGGAGAAACAGGGCUUCAGACAGCAAGCUCUAGCUGUUUCCACUGACCCAGAACACAAGUUUGAACUUGCUCUGCAGCUGGAAGAGGUCGGCGUAGCGUAUCAACUGGCCCUGGAGGCGGAGUCAGAGCACAAAUGGAAGCAGCUGGCAGAGCUGGCCACUACAAAGUGCCAGUUUAGUCUGGCCCAGAAGUGUCUGCACCAGGCUCAGGAUUAUGGGGGAUUACUGCUGCUGGCCACCGCCUCGGGCAAUGCUGACAUGAUGGGCGAACUGGCCGAGGGGGCGGAAAGAAGCGGCAAGACAAAUGUGGCCUUCCUCACUUAUUUUAUGCAGGGGAGACUGGACAAAUGUCUGGAGCUCCUCAUCAAAACAGAUCGACUGCCAGAGGCUGCGUUCCUGUCAAGAACAUAUCUGCCUAGUCAUGUGUCAAGGGUGGUCAGUCUGUGGAAGGAAAGCCUGUCCAAGGUCAACCAGAAGGCAGCAGAUGCUCUGGCUGACCCUAUGCAGUACGACAACCUGUUCCCCGGCCUCCAGCGAACCUUGCUGGCUGAGCAGUACUUGAAGGAGACGCAUGUCGGGGUCAGGCCCGCUGCAGAAUACCCCUUCAUCAUGCCAAAUGAAGACUGUAACGUUCUGGAGGAAUCUAUGCAAUUCGUGUCUAAAGAAGCAGUCAGCGAGCCUGAGGAAGUGAUGAAAAGCAUAAAUGAAAACCUGCCAGCAUCCAGGCCUGUACUUCCACCAGCAGCAGUAGAGGAGGAGACUUCGAUAGAACAGGAGUUACUUAUUGAGUCUCAUUUAAUAAAAGAAAAAGAAUCACUUCCCAAUGAAACUUCUUAUUCUCACAUCCCUACGACAGAAGAGCAUGUUGAACCAGAACCGUAUGAAUCUGUGCCCUCAGAUGAGCUUGCAUCAAAACUAGAGGUGGAAGCACUAAAGGACCCUGUCACUACAGCAAAGGAGGCUUCAGUGUCUGGUGAGGAAGAAAUUUUGGAGGCCAUCAUCAAGAUUUCUUCUUUUGAGAUAGUAGAGUCUAGUCUCAUCAAAGAUGUCAGACCGUCAGUCGAGGAGAGUGUUCAGGAAAUGCUUUCUGCAGCUGAUGCUGUAUCCGCUGCUUGUGACUGCGAAACUUCAGCAUCAGAGGUCAUCAUAGGAAAAUAUGAAGACGAAGGUAAGGCAGUAGCAACAGAAGCCGCAGCAACAGAGGAUGUGCUGCUUCCUACGAGUCUGACGGUGUUUGAAGUGUCUGAAUCUGUGACAGGACAGGGGCCUGACUAUAAAACACAGGAAACCUAUAUAUGUUCAGACGCCGCAGCUAUUGUUGAUGCAGUGGCUGAUAAACACGUUUCAAAACCAGCAUCAUUGGAGGAGCUCAGCUCAUUAGAAACGACAGCACUUUCACUGUGGGAUGCGCCUGUCCCUCUCCAGACUCGUACACAUGUGGCCUUUGAUCUACUGCUAGACCCACUUGAACAUACAGUUCCAGUGCUGGAGCCAGUUUCAGUGCCUGAAGCGGUACAAAAGAAACUGUUACCAGCCAACAGCCAGCCAGAGGACACCCUGGAGGCUGUCCUGGAGACAGAGGUCUCAUCCCCAGCAGCACCACCCACAGAGAGCAGCAGAAUGGAGGAAGCAUGGCCUCAAAGUGCAGAACAACCUGCAGAGGACCUUGAGGAAGAGAUCAGUGGGGAGCUGUAGAAUCUGGAUGAUCUGGAUUUGGACAACUUAUAUCUGGAGCAGAGUGACAACACAGACGUCAACCUGGGCGAGGAUUUCCUUAGUGACUGAGGAUAAAGAUUCUCAAGCAAAACAACCAAAAAAGGACGGUUCCCCCUGACAAUAAGCUGUCAACCAAUCAACCAAUGUGUCUUAAGCUUUUAAGGCAUUUAUUACCAUUCUCAGUUGCAAGAAGACACAGAUCACGGCACAGCAAGCAUCUUCCAAUGAAAAAAAAAAGUUAUGACUUGAUUUACUUGCCUGUUUAGGGGGUGUAU